AUUCAAUAGUAAUAAUACAGUAGUUGUUUGAGUGUUGAAUCAAAUGAGAUAAAGGGAUAGCAAUAGUAAUAUACAGUACUGUAGAGUGCAUUCAAUAUUGAAUACAUUGAAUACAUUGAGUGAGUGAUAGAGUGCUCGAAAAGUUUUCAAUGAGUCAGUGAUUUCAUGCAUUGAUAUUAUAAUACAUUGAAUGCAUUGAAUGUCUAUCUGUUUGUCUUUGUUUGAGUUGAUGUGUGAAUCGCAAUACAAUUGCAAUCAAUUGGACACCACUUUUGACAACAAAGUAAUCAUAUGUUUAUCAGUCAAUUGCUUUGACGGACAGUAUUAUUGAUAACAAUCGGUUGGAUUCAGUGGUUGAAUCGGUAGUGGCAGUGAUGGAGUGCCCGCACUUGUGUCUCCUGAACGGCACUAAAGUGGCCAACAGUUUGCAACUCAAGACACUCAUCCAAUCGGCAGAGUUUGAGUGUUCGGUCUGUAAGUCGAAGAAGAGUUCGUGGCUUUGUGUCCAUUGCGGACAAAUCGGUUGCGGACGCUAUGUGUGCGGACACGCAAAGCAACACUUCGAACAAAUUCCCGAACACUCGCUUUGCUUUGACUGCACCUCUUUCGCCGUCUUCUGCUAUCUCUGUGAUGACUUUGUGAUUAAUGACACCCGAUCUCGACAUUUACAUCAUUUAAGAAACAAAUUUCAAUCAAACAUUGAUCCAGAGAAUUGCCGACAAAAUCAACAAAACGCACAAAACUCUCAUAAGUCUAAUGGAGUUAAAAAAAAGAGUGAAAACCAACAAAAGUCUAAUAAUAAAAAAAUGAAAACCAACCAAAGGCUGGCCAAAGCUCGAGCCGCAGGACUGCGGAACUUAGGAAAUACGUGUUUUAUGAAUGCAGUUCUCCAAUCAUUGAGUAAUAUUCAACAAUUUAGUUGUUAUUUCAAACAAUUGCCAUCAUUGGAUAAACAUCGAUGGAAUGGUAGCCGAAAUUCAAUUGUUUCGGCAAAACGCAUGAGCGAUGGAGAUGUCCUAUUAGCUGAAGAGUUGCGCAAGACAUUGGUGUCUCUGUGGGAGGGGAGUAAAUCUGCCAUUUCUCCCGAAUCUUUAUUUGCUGUGAUAUGGAAAGUAGUUCCACGUUUUCGAGGGUAUCAACAACAAGACGCUCACGAGUUUUUGCGCUAUAUGUUAGACAGACUUCAUACGGAACUAUUAGGAAUACUUCCGUAUCCAACUAAAAGACAUAACACACAAAAUCUUUAUUUAUUACCGACGGGUAAAUCAACAAUAGUAACGGCCAUAUUUGGCGGUGUUCUUCAAAAUGAAGUGACUUGUCUGGUGUGCGGCAAUGAGUCCAAAAAACACGAUCCUUUUCUUGACUUAUCCCUAGACAUUCCUCAACUAUAUUCAUCCAUUAAGAACGGUGGCACUGAAGAAGUGGUCAAAAAUUAUCAUUUAACAGACUGUUUAUCAAGUUUUACUGAACUCGAAGAACUAGCAGAAACUGAACUCUAUAACUGUCCAAAUUGUAAACAAAAGCAGAGGUCAACAAAACGCUUUUGGAUUAGAAGACUACCAAAUGUUCUUUGUCUUCAUUUGAAACGUUUUCGAUGGAAUAAUUUUUUUCGAACCAAAUUAGAUAAUUAUAUUGAAUUUCCAGUAAAAGGACUCGAUAUGAGUAAAUACGUUUUGUCUAAUAUGCAUGAAACCCGAGGCAAUGCGUGUGGAAGUCCUUUCUAUGAUUUGGCGGCUGUUAUUGUACACCACGGAAGUGGAGCCGGUUCUGGACAUUAUACUUCUUAUGCCACACACGAAGAUAUGUGGCAUCAUUUCAAUGAUAGUACAGUUACUGUAUGUGAUGAGGAAACGGUAGCCCAGAGUAAAGCCUAUAUCCUGUUCUACAUUCGCCGUGAGCUCAAUUUAUCGCCAUUUAAUCUAUAAGUGAUUAACAAGCGAUACCGUUUGAAACUAUUUUUGAUAGUAAAUGAUAUUGUAUUCAAAGAUAUCGAUUUGUAAACAUUUACCGUAGUAUUCAAUUGAA